GGGACGCCGUCCCUUCCGGGGCGCGGGCGGCCGCGGCGUCUCGGCGGCUUCCCACCCCGCCCCCCGCAGCUCAGGGUGACGCGUCUCCAAUAACAGCUCGCGGGGAGCCGCAGCCCGGGCACAGCGGCGCCGGCGCCCCUUCGCGCGCGCCCGCCCGCCUGCCCGCUGCCACCAUGAGGGCCGAGGGCCACGGCGGCCUGGAGCGGUUCUGCAGCCCGGGUAAGGGCAGGGGGCUGCGGGCCCUGCAGCCCUUCCAGGUGGGGGACUUGCUCUUCUCCUGCCCGGCUUACGCCUACGUGCUCACGGUCAAUGAGCGGGGCAACCACUGCGAGUACUGCUUCGCCAGGAAAGAAGGAUUGUCGAAAUGUGGAAGAUGCAAGCAGGCAUUUUACUGCAAUGUGGAGUGUCAGAAAGAAGAUUGGCCCAUGCACAAGCUGGAGUGUUCUCCCAUGGUUGUUUUUGGGGAAAACUGGAGUCCUUCAGAGACUGUGAGGCUAACAGCGAGGAUUCUGGCCAAACAGAAAAUCCACCCAGAGAGAACACCUUCAGAGAAACUGUUAGCUGUGAAGGAGUUUGAAUCACAUCUGGAUAAGCUAGACAAUGAGAAGAAGGAUUUGAUUCAGAGUGACAUUGCUGCUCUCCAUCAGUUCUACUCCAAGCACCUCGAGUUCCCUGACCACAGCAGCCUCGUAGUACUCUUUGCACAGGUUAACUGUAAUGGCUUCACAAUUGAAGAUGAAGAGCUUUCUCAUUUGGGAUCUGCGAUAUUUCCUGAUGUUGCGUUGAUGAAUCAUAGCUGUUGCCCCAAUGUCAUUGUGACCUACAAGGGGACCCUGGCGGAAGUAAGAGCUGUACAGGAAAUCAGUCCUGGAGAAGAGGUAUUUACCAGCUAUAUCGACCUCCUGUACCCAACAGAAGACAGAAAUGAUCGGCUGAGAGAUUCUUACUUUUUUACCUGUGAGUGCCAGGAGUGCACCACAAAAGACAAGGAUACAGCCAAGGUGGAAAUCCGCAAGCUCAGCGACCCCCCAAAAGCAGAAGCCAUCCGUGACAUGGUCAGAUAUGCGCGCAACGUCAUUGAGGAAUUCCGGAGGGCCAAGCACUACAAAUCCCCUAGUGAGCUGCUGGAGAUCUGCGAGCUCAGCCAGGAGAAGAUGAGCUCGGUGUUUGAGGAUAGUAAUGUAUAUAUGUUGCACAUGAUGUACCAGGCCAUGGGGGUCUGCUUGUACAUGCAGGACUGGGAAGGAGCCCUGAGAUACGGUCAGAAGAUCAUUAAGCCCUACAGUAAGCACUAUCCCUUGUACUCCCUCAACGUGGCCUCCAUGUGGUUGAAGCUGGGAAGACUGUACAUGGGCCUGGAAAACAAAGCUGCCGGAGAGAAAGCCCUGAAGAAGGCCAUUGCAAUCAUGGAAGUAGCUCAUGGCAAAGAUCAUCCAUAUAUUUCUGAGAUAAAACAAGAAAUUGAAAGCCACUGAAAUUGCAUCAUUUCAGUUUUCAUUCAGAAACCUUAAAGGAUUUGAAUAUUUCAGAUCUUAUGCACCACUCCAGCAUUUCUAUAAACUAAUUGGAAUGAGAACACUUCUUGCACUUCAACCUUGCACAUGCCAUACUUUGAGGGUGUUCUUGAUAGUUCACCAUAAUAUUAAUUUUGAAUGCUUUCUUUUUUCUAAGAGGUAAUGGCAUGGUUUCAUAUAAUAUAUACUGUGGACACACUGAGUUUUUAAAAAUGCAUUUAUUUUUGCCUUCAUGCCUAUUGUAACAUCCUGAACAAAUUUGACUGAUGUUAAGAGAAUAAAGAUAGAGUACUCGAGGUUUGUGUUUGCCUCUGUCUAUGGGGAGGAUUUCCAAGGGUGGGAGCUUGGUCUACAGUGGAAGUGAUACUUAUUCUCCAUUGUUCAGUGCACCUAGGUCUCCUCCCCAGAGGUGGGGUCAGGCAGCCCCUUUAUUCUGUAGUUUGAAUCGUCUCUCUGGUAUCUUACAUGCUUAGAGCAUGCAUUACUUUCUUGGCCUUUUUUUUUCCCCCCUUCACUGUCUGAAAGCAGUUUCCAUCUCUCAUUCCAUUAACUGUUCUGUGCAGUACUCUCCUUUUUUGGAAAGCCUCCAGAGUAAGCUUGAGAUGGAAAAAAAUUUUUUUCCUUACCAACUCUGUGUUGUGAGCAAACACUGAUCUCUACCCACACAGCCAGCAGGAAUCCAACUUUUUGCAGCUUAAAGCCUAGACAGCAGAAACCUAGGGAAUUGUUUGUUAGCAACCAUGGCACUAAAGGACACAGCAAGCACUCCUAAGUACAGGGAUGUUUCUCAAGAAAAGUGUCUUGGCCAGGCGCAGUGGCACAUGCCUGUAAUCCCAGCAGCUUGGGAGACUGAGGUAGGAAAAUAAUAAGUUCAAAGCCAGUCUCAGCAAUUUAGCAAGAUCAUGUCUCAAAAUAAGAACAUAAAAAGGGAUGGGGAUAUGGCUCAGUGGUUAAGCACCCUGUUCACUCCCUGAUAUUAGGAAGAAAAAAAAAGUGUUUUACAGCUCAAAGAGAAAUACUUCCGCAUCAGUUAAAAAAUAAGCAAAGUCUGGUGGUGCUGACACUUGAUUAUCUUUCAUAAUCAUGAUCUGAAUACAGUUCAAAUGGUGGUAGAUCUGCUAUGGUUUCUUCCCUUCCUUGUCCAUACAGACCUUUCAGUUUGUUGCACACAGUGGGAUUUAGCAGGCAGAAUGUAUCCUCUUCUAUGUAGUCCAGUAAGAUAUUUAUUGAACAUCUACUUAUGCAAAAUACUCAGUAUCUCUUCAGUGCAGGUUGUGGUUCAGGGGAGUUUAGUGUUUUAUGGAUGCUAGUUUGCAGUCAUGGAAGUAGCUCAUGGCAAAAUAUCUGUAGAUAAACCUAAAAUAAGUUCACCAUCUUUGACAAAGUUUCAUAAAAUUUAUGAAAUUUCUCAACAAGUAAUACAAACAUGAAUGAAAAAUGUGGACCAUUCUUUCUUCCUCAUCAGCUCUGUCCUGAAGGUAAGAUCUCUGUAAACAGUUUGCUUUAUCUGGUCUCCCUUUUUCCCAUGCUUGUAUAAAGCAUCUAAAUAAAGAGAUUUAGAAAAAGGCAGCAUGUGAUAUGAUUUUGUAAUCUGCUUCUCUGACUUAACAUGGGCCUCUUUUCAUUUCAGCACUUACAGAUGUGGCUCGUUCUUGUUAGAGGCAGAACAUUGCAUUGAAUGCAGAAUCAUAAUUUAUUUAUAAUUCCAUUUAUGGACAGGUGGUUUUGCCCAGCUUGAUGCUAUUACAAAAUGCCACACUGAAUAGUGUAGGGGGGAGGGGAAUAGAUUCUAGGAAAUAUAAUUUCAGGAUCAAAUAACAAUCUUUUUAAAAAUUUAUAUAUGGCUACAUUUCCUUAAAAAAAAAAAAAAAACUUCACCAGGUAUGAAACAGAAUAUAAUUGCAUUGGUUUUCCUCUCCCUCAUAACAUGAUACCAUCAUUUUUUUGGCCCAAUCGAAUGUGUGAAAUAUCUUUGUUUUUUGUGCAUUUAUUAUUAUUAGUGAGGAUGGGCACGUCCACAUAUAUUUAGAGAUUAUUGUAUUUCUUCUGUGAAUUGAUAUUCAAUUCACGGCUGAGAUGUUUUUACGAAACAUGUGCAUGUUUUUCAUUUCAGUGCUAAGGCCACCCAGAGUUAGUGGUAGACUGCAUGUGUUUAUGGUCUCAGUCCCACAGGGCUGUACCCACUUCUGAUACCAGUCACCAUGAUCACUGUCCCAUUUCUGUCUGACCUGGUUACAGAGUCGGGGGUCCCAUACACCAUUGCCCAUUGUGUUCAACAAUUUGCUACAAUGGCUCCCCAAACUCCAGGAAAUACUUUUACUUACUAUUAGCAGUUAAGGCUGCAAAAUGGAACAGGCAAACGAAGAGGCUGAGCACAUGAGAUCUGACGCCAUGGAGUUGGAUUGCCCUGUUAUUUAUCAUGAAGCACGAGCCCACCUCAUUAUGAAGGGGUCACUGGGUUUGUGCCAUGGCAGCCAAUUGGAUGGAAAUCUGGGACACAGGGUGACAACCUUUCAAUCCAGAGAUGAAGUGAGCUGUUAAAAAGUCGAAAGACAAAAUACAAGAAUUUGGAUUUUCAAUAGCAGCCUGGUGCCUGCCUUUUCCACAUCAACAAUUUGGUGUCUGAGAAAAUGACAGUGGAGGCCGAGGGGCUUGGGGUUUAAUGAAGGUUAUCACUGCAUUUGUGAGAAAGACCAUUUCCAUACAUUGUUCACUCCAUUUGGCUAGUGAUCACCACUCUGAUUUCUUCUAACCAAGACUAACUUUGAAAAUUUCAUACACAAAUCUUCAUUAUGAUCAGAUUAUACAGGAUAAAAGGUAGGUAGCAAUAAACUGGCUUUAUAAAGGCAGAUUUUUCCUAGACACCUUUGCUUUGAAAAGAAUCUUAGAAGUAAGGGAUAGGUAUAUGCCUUCAACUAAUGCCAACAGUGCUAAAGAGAGAAGACUGUUUUCUCUGGAAAAAAAAAAAGGUUUAUUGCAUAUGGAAAUCAAUAGAUAUCUUUUAUAUAUAAAAAAAGGUUAGAAUAAAGAUCUCACAUUUGUAAAGGCACAUAUGAAACAUGUUACAGCAAUGACAAGGACAGUGAGAACAUCAUCUAGGACCAAUAUCUAAAUAAGACUUUAUAAAAACAGAUAGAAAACAGUGCAAAAAAUACUGUCAAAGUCAGUUUUAUACACCCCAAUUGUGUAUGAAACUGGCAAGCAUAAGCUUAUUUACUGAUAUAAAAUAGCACAUAGAAUAGCAUGCAUAGUUUCAUUUAAGGCUUUUAAUAUUAUUAAACUGACAGGGAGUCUACACCAAAGUACAGUUGACAUGACUACAGAUAAAGUCACUCCCCGACUUAGGGAAUGUCCUAUAAACUCCUCAGUCCGUCUCCCCGCCAUAACAACUGUAGUUUGGUAGUAAAGAGACUUGGCUUUCAUCUUGCCAAGUAUACCAAGUGGCCUCCAUGGGGAGGAGAAUGUGUCCCCAGGAUCCCAAGUCCCAACUUGGAAUGCAUUUCUCACCACAGCAACAUAAUAGUUCCGUGGAUCCAUUUGCAGGUCCGUCCAUGAAACUCAACCAGUUCUGACACAGGCCUGUGUUUUGGCUGUGUUGGAAGUCAGUGGGCUUCUGUGGGCUGACCCAAGAACUUUAAUAAGAACAAACUGGUUUCUAAGUUGGGGACUUUCCUGAAUAUCAUUUCAAAACAAAACCUAUUAGACAUCAAUUAUUUUGAAGGAUAGCAAAAUUCACAACAUUUUACAAAACAGACCAAGGAGAGCAUCACAAUACUGAGAUCACAGAGUACAACAGUCCAGUGAAACAAAAUAGAUUAGGCUGUUAUUUGAUGUAACACUAGUUACAUAAGGUUAUACAUUUAAUAGUCAUCUGCAUAUGUAAAUCUGUUUUCCCUCCCAUCCUCAACCAGGUUAGUUGACUUCUGAAGGCACAAGGGAUACACAGAAUCGUCUCUAAUGGAGAGUGUACCUUAUAUGUCUGAAGGAUAAUGUUAAAGAAUUUUAGGAUUCCAAACAAUGGCAAGAAAGUUCAGAAGAAACUGCAGUGAAAUUUUACAGUGUUCAAGUUGGGGGUGGAGGGAAUAGCUCUGAAUGACAGUUUUGGUUCUAUGCUGAAAGUAUUUACUAGCUAACACUGCAGUUGAAGGAGGAGGUGGGAGGCCCUGAGAAAUGCCGAGAAUGCCAGGCGCCCCUUCCCUGAGAGUCACCUGGCUAAACUCAAAGCAGCAUUCCUGAGAUUUUAGCAAAAGGUUUCACCCCAAGGCACAGAAAGAUCCCAAUCUCAGCUUUUUUCCUCUAAACCUUUUGUCAGAUGAGAUGGCGUUUCUGUUUCCCUGAAGGAAGAGGUUAUAAGAACUUCCACACAGACUGGAUAAACCGCUUAUUCUGCCCUCCUAGAUGACUGAAUUAUUGAUCACAAUCUACCUUUUGAUGUUCCUUGGCAGCCCAGAGACACAAAUCUGCCCCCCCAGAUUGGUCAGUGUGUGUAAAGGCCAUGAUGAAGGGAACAUGGUCCGGCGCAAGAAGCUAGAAACCAAUUAGACCACAGAUGUCACCGCACCAAUGUGAAGCUACCUAAGUUCUCCUCAAAAUAAAUAUUAAAUACCAUGGCAAUCAUUGUCUUAGGAGUGUUACCUACUUUUGCUUUCAUUCGUUCUAAUAAUGAUAGCUGUGAUCACUGAGGGAACAAAAGGGUAAAUAAGGACAGCUUCCCCAAGGCUGACAGUUUUCUAAGCUACUUCUGGUUACUUUCAUUUGUCAGAUCCAAUUCCUGGAAACAGUAAGUUUUUUGUUUUUGUUUUUGUUUUUUUUUUU